AUGCGCCUCGUACGAUUUGUGCUACCUCUGCUCUCGUUCGUCAGCUUCUCGUUGGCCGCUCUGACUCUCAAUGGAGCAGACUUUUCAUCUCUUUCUUUGUUAGAAUCGCAAGGGAUCUCGUACACUGACGGUGGCUCAAAACGACCUUUCGAAACAAUCCUUUCUGACCACGGCUUCAAAUUGGCACGCAUCCGCAUAUGGACGGCGGGCACGUACACUCAGGACUACGGAAUCGCAUUAGCGAAACGAGCUAAGGCUGCCGGAAUGAAGAUUCUCGUGGACUUACACUACAGUGAUACUUGGGCAGAUCCAGGGCAUCAAGCCAUUCCCUCAUCAUGGCCUCAGGAUCUUGACGGUCUCAAUACUCAGAUUUGGACAUAUACCAAGGACCUUGUGACCGCAUUCUCAAACGCGGGCGUGCCGAUCGAUUAUAUUCAAGUUGGCAACGAGAUUAACGACGGAUUACUCUGGCCCACUGGACGAAUCAGUGUCAACGGCUUUCAUCCGGCCUCUGAGUUGUUACAUUCAGCAGUAUCUGGUGUACGAGCCGCUUCUUCGACUGCAAAAACUGUCGUGCACAUCGCAAAUGGAUGGGACAGUGGAGGAGUGGAUUUCUUCUUUGGAGGGAUCUUCGUCUCUGGAGCAUUGUCGACAAGUGAUGUUGACGUCCUUGCCUUCUCUUUUUACCCGUUCUACGACACCCGUGCAACAUUGAACGCUCUGCAAUCAACUCUUACAUCGGUAGUGUCACAGUUCAACAAAGACAUAUUGAUCGCCGAGACCGAUUGGCCUGUUUCAUGCUCAUCUGUUACGCUUUCGGAGACCAGUAUCCCGAAAUCCGCAGCUGGACAGCAAACCUGGGUGCACGAUGUUGAGAACGUCCUCACCGGACUUUCUGGAGGUCAUGGUCUCGGUGUUGUGUACUGGGAGCCCGGAUGGAUUGGAAAUGCAGGUUUGGGAAGCGCUUGUGCAGAUGCCUUGCUUGUCGACAGCUCAGGAGCAACCCGCUCUUCGAUUAAUUUAUUCUAG